CUCGGAAUGGCCAAGCCUGAAUUAUCUGAAAUUUGGCUAAAUCUCAGCCGAUUUCCUCACUUUUGGAUCGAGCGGCGAGCAGUCAGACGAUUGUUUGUUAAACGAAUUGUCAAUGCCUUACACGAACUGUUGUUCCAAGUUUGAACACCUUUCAAAUUUAAACAGAGCAAGCAUCUGAGUUCUGGUCUGCCCAGUUGGUGGCAAGUCACCAUCUCUUCUUGAUCUUUCUUCCCGAGCUGCCAGUCCUGCCGGAAGAUUCAGACAUCAGCGUUCUGGACACUACUCUUCGGUUGUCGACAUGGUUGCCUCCACGGUCGCCUCCGGCGACGCGCCCCCGCACGUCGUCGAGGACUGCCGCGGCGUCCUGCGCGUGCUCAGCGACGGCACCGUCGUCCGGUCCGCAGAGCCGCUCGGUGGCACCGAGGCGGACGUCCCCGCCGACCCGUCCGUCGAGUGGAAGGACGCCGUCUACAACGCCGCGCAAGGCCUGCGCCUCCGCGUGUACAAGCCCGCGGCGGACGCCGGCAAGAGGAAGCUCCCUGUCGUGGUCUAUUUCCACGGUGGUGGCUUCUGCAUCGGCUCCUACGCGUGGCCGAUCUUCCACGCCGCCUGCAGCAGGCUUGCCGCGGGGCUGGGCGCCAUCGUCCUGUCCGCGGACUACCGCCUCGCGCCCGAGCACCGCCUGCCCGCCGCCAUCGACGACGCGUGCGCGGUCCUCCUCUGGCUCCGCGACGAGGCCGGCGCUGACCCCUGGCUCGCCGAGGUCGCCGACGUGAGCAGAGUCUUCGUCGCCGGCGAGUCAGCGGGCGGCGUCCUCGCGCAUCACAUGAACGUCCGCUUCUCCGGCGCGCCGGCCGCGCUACACCCUAUCCGGCUCCGCGGGUUCGUCAUGCUUAUGCCGUUCUUCACCGGCUCCGAGCCGACUCCUUACGAGCUGAGCUGCCCGGACGACGCGUUCCUGAACAGGGACAUGUCCGGCCGGUACAUCCGGCUGUGCCUCCCGGCCGGCGCCACAGCGGACCACCCAUUUCUGAAUCCGUUCGCGCCGGACGCGCCGAGGCUGGACCGUCUCGACGUCGGGCCGACGCUGGUCGUCGUGGCCUGGGACGACAUCCUGCGGGACAGGAACGUGGAGUACGCGCGAAGGAUGGCGGAGAUGGGGAAGCCGGUGGAGGUCGUCGAGUUCCCGGGGCAGGGGCACGCCUUCUUCUCGCUCCGGCCGUGGAGCGAGCCGGUGGGCGAGCUGGUCAGAGUCGUGCAGCAGUUCAUGGACAAGGCCUGCUCAUGCUGAGCUGAGCUACUAGUAGUGUGAGACACUGAGCCUGAGCUGCCACUUUGUGUUGGAACUAUUUUAAAAUUCUAGCUAGGUAAAAUAAGGAGAAAUGUUGGCAAUCUCUCCAAUCGAUCUUCAUGUGUCCAUUAUGUUAGAUUGAUGGAUUUCAUGUCUCAAUCAUGAACAUUGCUAAUUAAUAAAGUUCAUCUUUUUU